UCAACAUGCAGAACCCAGUAGUUGAAAUACAAGACGGCCAAAUACGCGGAGUGAUAAAAAAGACCGUGGAUGGUCGCGAGUACUGUGCUUUUCUGGGAGUACCCUACGCGAAACCACCGAUCGGAGAUUUAAGAUUCAAAGAUCCAGAGCCAAUAGACAGCUGGACAGGAAUAAAAGAUACAACGAAAUACGGUAACCCAUGUGCUCAAAUUGAUGCUUCCGGGAAUUUUAUUGGGAGUGAGGACUGUUUGUUCAUAAAUGUAUGCGUUAGAUCGCUUGAAAAUGUUGAUAAACCGAAACCAGUUAUGGUUUGGUUCCACGUCGGCGGCUUUGUUUAUGGCAGUGGGUGCGAUCUAAUGUAUGGGCCUGACUAUUUUUUAAGGAAAGAUAUUGUUUUUGUUUCGUUUAAUUAUAGACUUGGACUUCUCGGAUUUUUAAAUUUGGAGCAUGAAGUAGCACCAGGGAAUCAGGGGAUUAAAGAUCAACUUUUAGCUCUGAAAUGGGUGCAGACAAAUAUAAGAAAAUUUGGAGGGGAUCCAAAUAAUGUCACGGCUUUCGGAGGCAGUGCAGGCGCAGUUUCUAUCCAAAUAUUGGCAUUGUCGCCAAUGGGAAAGGGCUUAUUCCACAGAGCAAUCAAUCAAAGUGGCAGCAUUCACAACACUUGGGUAACUAUUAAAGAACCGAAAAAAUAUGCCUUUCGCUUGUGCACCCAUUUCGGAAAGUACCAGCAGGACCCUGAAAAAAUGGUUACUUUCUUAAGAACUCUGAAUAUUCGGCCGAUGUUACAAACCGCUGAAAAAGUUAAGAAGACUAUUGAAUGCCUCUACGCUGUUUACCCUUUCACAUUAGGUGUAGAUGAUAAAUCGCCUAAUCCCGUAUUACCAAUACGACCAGAAGAGCUUCUGUUACAAGGCAUACAGAUGCCGUUUCUGUUUGGGCACAAUAACAACGAGGGAUUAUAUUUUUUAUUGAAUUUACAUGACUUUACAGGCUUGAAAAGCAGUGACUUCGAUCGGUAUAACAAAAAUAUCGAUAAGGCGAUCAACGAAAAAGCAUCGGAUGUGCUAAAAGAUUACAAUUUGACUAAACAAGAUUUGAAAAAUAUGUAUUUCAAGGAUGAAAAGAUUUCCAUAAGCAACUGUGAUAAAUUCGCAAAUAUGCUCGGUGAUUUGAAUAUAAUCCAAGGUAUACAUAAGUUUGCGAGAAUCCAAGUGGAGAAAAAUCCUUAUCCGAAUUAUUUUUACAUAUUCUCGUAUGACGACGAAAUAUCGUCGACGAAAUUAGUAUUGCCGAAGUUGUUGAAAGGAUGUUGUCAUGCCGACGAAAUAGAAUAUUUAUUCCAUGGUACCUUUCGUACAAAAAGGGGCUGUAACCCACAUCAAAAAGGUACUGUCUCUUAUAAAGUGAUGGAAAGAAUGAUCGAAUUAUGGACAAACUUUGCUAUUUAUGGUACGCCUACACCGUCGACUUCUGAUAUUUUACCUAUAAUGUGGGAACCCUUGGAUGAUGCUAAUAAUUUGCAGUACAUGGAUAUAGGAAGAGAAUUGCAGAUGAAAAGAAUGCUGAGUGUUGAUCAACGCUUUUUACUUGCAAAAUCUAAAGAGUUAUAACAAAGACAACGAGUUCGAGAUCCGUUUUAAAGAUUUUUAACAAACUGAAUUUUUUUUAACUUCACCAUUUUAACACUCAAAACAUUAUUGUUUUAAUUUAUGAAAUAGUAAUAGUUUUUAUUUAUAUUGUAAUAAACUCACGAUUGUCGACAUUAUUAGUGAGCGUAUAAAAGGUUUUAUUUGUAAUGAAUUUUAAACAUUAUAUUCAAUUGAAACUUUAGAAAGUAUAUCAAAAGUAUUUUUUUCCUUCCAUGAAAAGGUUUUAACUGAAAUUGAUGACGUUUUAGAAACGUUAAUA